AUGUUUGCUUCUUCUAUCCUUCUUUUCAUCACUCCCUUCAAUGUAUUAAUCAACAACAAUGGAAAACUUAUGAUGGAUACCAGCUCUCUCUGGGUCACGAUUUUAAGUAUUUUUCAUGAUUCUGGCGUUUUUGAUAAAUCAAAUCACUCACAGGAGAUAAGGGCUCCGAUGAGACCAAGAUCUGCCUCAUCACAAACGUCGAGUCCGCCAACUGCUGCCACCAUCUCCUACCACUCGGAAUCUUCAAGGAAUCGGAAAGACGAUGAUACAACUGUUUCCAUGGAGAUGCACAUUGCUUCGAUCAUUCAGGACUUCGCAGUUGGGGACACAGUGACGUCGAAGCUCCAUGCGUGA